AUGAAGAAUUUCCUCAUAACAUGCAGGGUAGCAGACUUUCUCUUCAACAGUCAUCUGUAUCACAAAGCUAUUGAUAUGUACAAGGAGGCCCAAGUCUUGUUGAAAAGAAAUAAAGUCGAACGUAGUAACGACCCUGAACUUUUGUUACAUUAUAAACUAGCAAUUUCUUACGGUUGUGUAAAUGAGUUCAAGAAAGCAUUGGAUAGCUACAAAAGACUUUUAAAAAUCAACGAGGAAGUUGGGAAUAGAGACUGGGAAGUAAGAACAUACAGAGACAUCACUAAAAUGCACAGUUUUAUGGGUCGACACGCGCAGUCGAUUUUCUUUUUACGAAAACUUCUUCAAAUUGCUAAAGAAACUGAGGACAAACGAGCAGCAAUAGAGACUUAUUUAGCCAUGGGUUAUAAUUAUUACAAUCUGAAUAAGCGAGAUAAAUUCAUCGAGUGUUACAAGGACGCACUUGAAAUCUGUGGAGAGAUCGGAGAUAGACGAAAGGAAGGAGAAAUACUUUGUAGGAUUGGUUACACCUACAAAGACCUCACUAAUUUCCCCGAAGCGAUCAGAUACCUAGAAAAUGCCUUACAAUUAUUCAAAGAAAUUGGCGAAUGCAAAGAAAAGGGAGGCUUAUAUCAAGCUCUGGGCAUGACCUACCACGAGAAGGGUGAUUUUGGCAAAGCUCUCGAAUACCAUUUCAAGUCUUUGGAGUUGAUGAAGAAACAUGGAGAAGAAGUCGAUGUGGGUGUCUGCUAUAACAACAUUGGUACUACUUACAAUGCAAUUGGUAAACACAGCGAAGCACUUGAGUAUUUCAAAAACACUCUUGAAAUUAUGAAAAAAUGUGGAGACAAAGUAUUACUAGGAAAAGCCCACCACGGUCUUGGACUGUGCUAUACUUCGAUCGGUCAGUUCGCAGACGCUAUCGAACACCAGGUUGAAGCAGUAAAAAUCCUUGGGGAAACUGGACUCAAAUUUGAAAAGGGUCGAGCCCUCGCUGUACUGGGAACGUCUUACAGCACAAUUGGCCACAAAAGAGAAGCUAUGAAUAGUUUUCAGGAGGCCAUUCAAUGUAGUCGGGCAGUUGGGGAUAGGAGAGUCAAAUCAAAUGUCUACCAUGGUCUUGGCGAUGUGUACGUUUGUUUGGGAGACACUGAAAAAGGAGAGAUGUAUCUAAAGAAAUCUCUUGCUCUAGCAAAAGAGACAAGAGAUAAAAGCAACGAGGCCGAGGCCUACGCAGGACUCGGGUUCUGCUACAUGUGUUGUGGUCGACAUACCGAAUCUGUUGAAAACUUCAACUUAGGAAUUUCUCUAAUGCAAGAAAUUGGAAGUAAACCCGGCGAAGCUACAGCUUUGAUGAAUCUCGGAUCCGUACACCAGAAAAUUGGAAAACGUAAGGAAGCAAAACAAUUUCUACAAAAAGCACUCCGAAUUACACGACAAAUCGGAGAUAAAGGAGCAGAACAAGAGGCUCUUACCUUGCUAGGGAUUUGUCAUACGAAGGAAGGAGAGGUAAAGAAGGCAUAUGAUUGCUUUUUACAGAGCAUCACUCGCGCUGAAAAGAACCGUGAACUACUGCGCGACGAACAUAAACUAUCUUUGGACAACGUAACCUUCACUAGCUAUUACGAAUUAUGUUCGCUUCAUAUCAGUCGGGGACAUUUUGCCGAGGCGCUGUGCACUGUAGAGCGCGGACGUGCACGAGCUCUUGGCGACUUACUGUCCAAGAAAUAUGGUAUCCAAAGACACAAUUCACACAAAUUUUAUCUUAAUAGUGUCAGGGAUCUUUCUAUCAAGAACCCACUGAGUACGAUCCUUUUCAUGGCUACGCAUGGGUUUGACAAAUAUUUCUGGGUUUUGGAGAAUGGAGAAGUUCAGUUUAGGUCUUUGAAAUGUAAAGUGGCAAAGGACGCCAUCGAGAUGCUCACGAGUUUGCUAAGACGAAAAUCUGUGCCUGAAUGCGAAGAUCGCUCAUUGUCAGCAUACUAUGGAUUAAAAUCAUCAUCUAAGGAAAUAAAAGACAAAAGCAAGCAGCGUCUCGUGGAAGAAGACGAAGAGGAAGAGGAAGAAAAGGUGGAUACUAACCUCUAUGAGUGGUAUGAUGAUCUUUUCGCCCCUAUUGCUGAUCUUGUUCAUCGUCAAGACAUCAUCAUUAUCCCUGAGGGUAAAGAUUUUAUGGUGCCAUUUGGUGCAUUAUGUGAUAACAACGACAAAUUCCUGUCCGAGACCUUCCGAAUCCGCCUAAUUCCAUCACUGACAGCACUAAGGAUGAUCCAGGACAGUCCUGAAGACUAUCACAGUGCAACUGGGGCGUUGAUCGUUGGUAAUCCGUCUGUUCCCCCACAAACAAAGUUGCCAUCAUUACCAGCAGCAAGAAGAGAAGCACUGGAAAUUGCAGAGUUGUUGGGUGUGUCGGCUACUGUAGGAGAUGAAGCCACAAAGAACCAGGUCCUACGGCGGAUUCAGGAAGUCAGUUUGAUCCACAUUGCUGCCCACGGUGAUCCAGAAAGGGGGGAAAUUGCUCUUGCCUCAAGUUUUCCAUCUAGACGAACUCUAAGAAAGGAUGACUUCAUGCUUACCAUGGAAGACGUCGCAAAAGUUGGUACCCGAGCCAAGCUGGUUGUACUCAGCUGUUGUCACAGUGGUGACGGACAGAUUAUGAAGACUGAGGGAGUUGUGGGUAUCUCUCGCGCCUUUUUGGCAGCAGGAGCUCGCUCAGUGCUGGCAAGCCUGUGGGCCGUGGAUGACCGAGCCACAAAAGAGUUUAUGAUUUGUUUCUACGGACAUCUGAAGCGCGAUAAAUUGAAUGCCAGUGAGGCUCUUCACCAGACCAUGAAGUGGAUGAGAGAUUCUAAGAGGUACAGAAUUAGGGACUGGACACCGUUUGUUUUGAUCGGAGAUGACAUCACUCUGGACUCAUGA